AUGGCUGGACUCUUACGGCACAAGGUCGUGGCAAUCAGUGGCAGCUCGUCAGGAAUCGGACGAGCGACUGCGCUCGCGUGUGCUCGACAAGGCGCUUCGCUGGUUCUUCAUCAUCUUGGUGAUGGCCAAGCAGAAGCGGACAUCGCCACCCUUGAGGACGAGCUUCGAGUAAUCAAUACAGAUAUCAAAACCGCGACUCACGCAUCCGAUCUCACUCAUGCCGAUGCAGCGUCCGCACUCGUCUAUACCGCCACCAGCCGCUUAGGCUCUCUAGAUGUGAUAGUUAACAAUGCUGGUAUCUGCAAAUUCUCAUCGUUUCAGGAUGUGACGAGAGCUCUUCUCGAGCGCCAUAUGGAGGUCAAUUUCACCGCAGCAUACCUACUCACACAAGCCGGUGCCAAGCAGAUGAUCCAACAAAGUCGUGGCGGUAGCAUCGUUAACAUCGCGUCCAUCACGGCGACACUGGGCUCUGCUCACCUGACGCACUACUCACCAACAAAGGCCGCGAUACUGGGCAUGACUGGAUCGUUCAGUGUGGCUCUGGGGUCGAAGAACAUCAGGAUCAACAGUAUAUGUCCGGGAACCAUCGAGACGACCAUGAACAAAGCCGACCUAGAUACAGGGACGAAAAGAGCGGAGAUGGCUUCAAGAGUGCCUCUCUGUCGGCUGGGGCGUCCCGAGGAUAUUGCCAAGGCAGUUGUGUUCUUCGCUAGCGAUCUGUCAGAAUACGUUACGGGUCAAUCACUGCUUGUGGACGGUGGAGCAUCGAUAAAUUAUCAAUAA